CCGGAGCCACUAGCGGGAGGUGGAGACGGCUCGGGCGCAAGGGAAGGGGGCGGUGGGCGCAGCCCCUCAUCCUCGGGGAGCGGCAAAGGAAGAGAAGCACGGGAGAAGCACAUGGCGAGGGGCGCGGACAAGCAGAGGCUGGCGCACCUCCUGGCUGGCUGAAGGGGAGAAAGCGAGCGGUUGCCCACACCUGCCUGCCCUCGCCUUGCCUGGGCGCCUCGCCCCGCCGCCUUCUCGCACGCAACACCCCUUGCCUCUCACCCGCCUUCCCCGCUCCCCCUCCUUCUCCCCUCAGUACCGCCGGGCGAGAAGGGUCGUCGCCGGCCACCACUUCAGCGACCUCUCUUGGGCUGGGCGUGAGGUGCCGUCAAAAGAGAGCACGAGGCGCCGGCAGACGCUCAGCGAAGACCAGCGCCCUCCGGCUUUCUCUCUCUUUCCAAGCCGCGGAUUUGGGGGAACAGACGGUGCCAUGUGAAUGUGGAGGGGAAGGACUGCCUCAGAUUUUUUCCCAACUCUGCGUAACAGUCAUCUGGGGUUAUGAAGUCAGUCCUAGAUGGCCUUGCAGAUACAACCUUCAGAACAAUUACAACAGACCUUCUUUACAUGGGUUCUAACGACAUCCAGUACGAAGACUUUAAAAGUGACAUGGCCUCCAAAUUAGGAUACUACCCACAGAAAUUUCCUCUGUCUUCUUUUCGAGGUGAUUUCCAUCCCAAAAUGACUGCAGGAGAAGACGCCUCUUUAGUUGCGCACCCAUCGGAUCAAAUCAAUAUUACAGAUUUUUACAACAAAACCUUGUCCCCCUUUAAGGAGAAUGAGGAGAACAUACAGUGUGGCGAUAACUUUAUGGACAUGGAGUGCUUCAUGAUUCUGAACCCCAGUCAGCAGCUGGCCAUUGCAGUCCUGUCUCUCACCCUGGGCACUUUUACUGUUCUGGAAAAUCUUCUGGUUUUAAUUGUCAUCCUGCAGUCUCGAAGCCUUCGCUGCAGGCCUUCUUACCAUUUCAUUAGCAGCCUGGCAGUGGCUGAUCUACUUGGCAGCGUAAUCUUUGUCUACAGUUUUGUUGAUUUCCAUGUUUUCCAUCGGAAAGACAGCCCUAAUGUGUUCCUUUUCAAAUUGGGUGGAGUUACAGCCUCAUUCACUGCUUCAGUUGGAAGCCUUUUCCUCACGGCAAUAGACAGAUACAUAUCUAUACACAGGCCCCUCUCCUACAAAAGGAUUGUUACCAGGUCAAAGGCAGUUGUAGCAUUUUGUGUGAUGUGGACAAUAGCUAUUGUAAUAGCCGUUCUCCCUUUGCUUGGUUGGAACUGCAAAAAGCUCAAUUCUGUUUGCUCAGAUAUAUUCCCCCUAAUUGAUGAAAGUUAUCUGUUGUUCUGGAUCGGGGUCACCACUGUACUCUUGCUUUUCAUUGUUUAUGCCUAUAUGUAUAUACUCUGGAAAGCUCACGGCCAUGCUGUCAGGAUGCUCCAGCGUGGAACUCAAAAGAGCAUAAUAAUUCACACUUCAGGGGACGGAAAAGUGCAGCAGAUCACUAGGCCAGAACAAACACGUAUGGACAUUAGGCUAGCCAAAACUUUAGUUCUCAUUCUUGUGGUUCUGAUCAUCUGCUGGGGUCCCCUACUUGCUAUUAUGUUGUAUGAUGUCUUUGGGAAAAUGAACAAGCUUGUCAAGACUAUCUUUGCCUUCUGUAGUAUGCUGUGUCUGCUGAAUUCUACGGUGAAUCCAAUUAUCUAUGCUCUGAGGAGCCAGGACCUAAGACAUGCUUUCAGAAGCAUGUUUCCACCUUGUGCAGGGACCGCACAGCCUCUUGACAAUAGUUUGGAGUCUGACUACCAGCAUAGACAUGCUAACAAUCCAGGCAAUGUCCAUAAGGCUGCUGAAAAAUGCAUUAAAAAUACAGUUAAGAUUGCUAAAGUGACUAUGUCAGUCUCUUCAGACACUACUGCGGAGGCAUUGUAAAGCAAAGACCACGUUUGGGAGAAGACAGUGAGAGAAAGCAGGAGAAAAUCAUGACUUCAAAAAUGUAUCUUUCCUCAAAUGUUACCAUUUUAAAUUUUACUCUUUCUAAAUGAUUUUUUUUUUAAAUUAAGUAGUAGCCUUUUUCCCAUGUUCUAGAAACAAGGACUCUGAUUUUGCUUUUAGAAAUUUUUAGAUUUCUCAAUUGGCAAAAUGUAAAUUGACUAAUAAUUGCUUAACCCUAUUAUUAUUAUGAACAAAAACAUCUCAUUAAUCAAUGAGAGAGGUCUAUAUGCUAAGGGAAACAUAUUAGAUGUUGAGUUGAAACAUGCACAAUACUAUAAUCAGAUCCAAUGCUAAUUUUAUAAUAGCAUUUAAUUUUGGUAUGAAAUACAUUAAUGGUAAGUAAGUUUUCAUACCAUCCUCUCCUCCAAAUGCAGCAGUACUGGACUGUAAACAUUUUGUAUUACGUCUUGUGAAAUGUACAACGUUUACUGUACGUUAAUGAGAUUUGUUUACUCGAAGUGAUUAAGUAGAUUUAUGUAGAUGUAAUGUAAAGUAUGUGAUGAUGUAACCUUUUCACCUUAUGAAAAUACUUCCUGUACUUUGAAGAAUUUCUGUGAGGUAUACUGAAAAUUUUAUGUUCUUUGUGUUUUUAGUGAACUUAAAGGGAAAGGCUUUACAUUGGUUCUCUUCACAUUUGAAAUCCCUAUGGAGCCUGGAAUUCCUAUGCAGGGCAAUAGCAACAACAACAAACUAACAACUUUUUUCUUUGCAGAAGAAAACUAUAUUGCUCAAACUGCAAAAAGUAAUUUUAACAGAUCAUUGGCUUUUUGUUGGGAACUGUUUAUGAUGUAAGAGCCAAGAUAUCAGGCAUUGGCUUAUUUAACUGGAAAUGAUUUCAUCUGGCCAGUUGCUAGCAAAGGUUCUCCAAAGACAACAUGUGACCAGUGUACAAAGUUAUCACUGUGAUAUAUACUUGAAAUGUGUUGCAUUCCUAAGUCCCUGGUUUCAAUGCAUUUUGAAAGCUGAGAUGCCAAACUCUAAUUUUUGGUCACAAAUGGAUAAAACGUUGCUAUCGUACUUCUUAAAAUAUGUGGAUAUGUAAUUACCAUCUAUGUAUUUGUGUAAAUUAUGUGUGAAUUCUAAAUAACUGUAGGUUACAUUAAUAUUGUUAAGAUAAGAAAUUGUGACCAAAUGUUUUCUUACAUUUGUUGUUGCAUUCUUUGCACAUGAAUUCUGUUUUUAAAAGUGAGUUCUUCCAGCCAAAUCCAUAACAAAAAUUCAGCAUCGUAUUGGAAAAAAUCCAUUCUGAUACCUAAAGAAAAAUAGUAGUAACAAAAAUGGUAUUAACAAGAUAGUCUUGCUAAGAAGACAAAAGUGCUAAUACGCUUUAAGACUGAUUGGCUUGUUGUUUAGUCAGAAUAACUAUAAAAUGAUUGAAAAAGCAGACUAUGAACAAAUAUAGAAAGCCUAAAAUAGACAUUUGCAAGUGUCAGAAUUAAGCCACAGCAGCAGCAAAAUGAGGAGAAGCCUGUUUGAAAACCUCCAAAUCUUCAUAAUCUCUGCCAGAAUUAAAAAUGUAGAGAUAGAAAAUUAAAUGCCAAAACCUUAAAAAAACAAAACAAAACAUGCAAGCCUUAAAUUCCUGAUCACAACAAAGUAGGAUUCUUCGGAUCACCAUGAUCUACAGGUAGCUAAGAUGAUUUAUGCUUGGAAGCAGAUUUUCAUGCUGUGACUCCUCUUAUUGACCAGGUUAUAUAUGUAGAAGCAGAUGCUAAAUGGACAGUUUCCCUUUCUGGAGUCUUUACUGGUGGUUUGAAACUAUUCAUAGCAUCAGGAAUCUAGGGGGGGGGGUGUUAAAUGGAAAGACACUUAACCCAUUGUUAUCCACUGUCAACUUGGUAGGUGUAUAAAUUUAGAUCCUUAUAGGCAAAAGGGCAUACAACUACCAUAUGAAAAUUGGUCAAAAGUAGAUAAAUUGAAAUCUAAAUAUUAGAAACCAGGAAUAAAUCAACAAAUUUAAUUUCAUUGAUAAGCAAAAUAAAGUGCUGCGUUCAAAAGUAGCACUUAACCAGUGAUACACUAUACAGCAGGACCUUUUUUCUUGUGCUGUUUGCAUAGAAGAUUUUUAUUCCAGGAAUGUAGAAAAAGUAUGGGUUCAAUUUCAUCUCCAUCUAUACUCCUGACAUGGUUGGCAUCACUGCUUAAUCUUCUUCCAUUCCUUCCCUCCCUCCCUUCCUUCCUUGCAUACAUACAUAUCCAAUAAAAUCCUUGAUGUGGUUGCUGUUGUAAUAGAUUAAAUCCUUAGGAAGGUGACCCAAAAGAAUAAGUGCCCUUUUCAUGAGAAAGAAAACAACAGCCUACUCUAUUCAUCUUCAUUGUCAGGGAUUUCUGCUUUUUAAAGAGCAAGAUCAGUUAUAAGAAAUGUCUUCUCCCCCCAUCUGAAAAUUAUAGUGACACAUAGGCUGGACACAUAAUUUAUGCUAAGAAGAAGCCAUAAUGUGGCUUGUUUUAUUAUAGUAUAUGAAUCCAACAAUUCUGGCUUGCGAAUCCGGCUUCAUGGCUUUGCAUGUUAUAUGAAUCUAGCCAAUGAAACAAAUUCAGGCUUCAUAGUAUGAAGAUGAACCUACUUGCAAACUAGGAUUUUUGAUAGCUUUGAAUUGUAAGGCUUCUGUUUUAUUUAAGAAAAGAUGCAGAAAAUGGAAGAAGCAUAAAUUACCCUUGAUGUUUUCUUGGGCUGCUCCUGUUUUCAUGGCAAAGGGGACCUACCUAAUGAAAGAGGCUAUGAUUACAUUUGAUAGUGCCUUAUUUUUUUUUAUCACACUAGUUCUAUAUGGCAGAAUGAAAGAAUCAUGAAAAUUAACAUUAAAAAUAGAUCUGUUACGUCAUCAUAGUAAUUAAUGUAAGUAGUAGCAGUAUAUAAACUAGUUAUAGUGACAGGAAUUCAUAGAGUUGUAAUCCAAUGUACCCUUAGGGAAGAGAUAAGAAGAAAGCUAAUAUGUUGUAUUUACAAUAUUAGUAAAUUGCACCUGAAUGGAGAAGAAUCCAAGACUGGUGAUUUAAACAUGGGUUAAUUCAAUAUCAUUAAUUAGCUGGGUCACUAUAAGGUAAAUAAGAAUUCCAUUCUGAUGAUCAACCAGCAAAAAAAGUCCCAAACGGGAAAAAAAGAUAUCUGUAAACAAUCAAUAUAAUUUUGGUUUAUUGGUUAAUAUCACAAUAUUGUUGGGCUGAGGAUGCACUGUUUGAAUUUGAGAGAUGCAGCAGGGUAAUUAAAGGGGACUAAGCUGAUGCUUGGCAAUACAUACAUGUAAUUUAGCACACAAUAAAUAUGUCCCAUAUCUUCACAUCUUAGGAAGGAACAAGAGUGGCAGCUUUCAUAUCUUACCCUGUAGUCAGAGCUGUCCAAAAAUUAAACAGGAAGUACUGCAGAAGAAUUUCUUCUAAAUAUCCAUAGAGAGAGAGGAAAAAAAGAAUGUUUGGUAAUUGUUGGGAUAAAGCAAUGCUCUUUGUUCAAGAAUUCAAGUCCCCAUAAUAGACAGUUAGUAUGAGUCUGAACAUACAUCAAGUGGAGAGGGAACUAAUUGUGUUACCUGUAUGCUAUAGUCAUUGCUGACUAGUUAGAAACUGAUGUAAUUUGAAGUGAAUAUUUUCUACAUCAAUAGGAACAGUUUUCAAUCUGAGGAGCAAAAAAUAACCCAAGGUAUAAAAUAUGAACAUAUUUCAAGAGCCAUUUUUAAACUUAAUUCUUGUGACUUUAAUGCAAAGUUGUGUGGAUUUCUGUUUUAUGUAUUCAAGUUGCUAUCUUUUGUGAUUAAAAUAAACUUUGGGACAAUGGGGCUGUCAUGGCACUUACCAUGGUGCUUAUUGAUAAAGAAACAACUUCCUGUGAAAUACUAUGUCCUCAUCAAUAUAUUUAUUCCAUUUAAGUAAAUAAGUAUUUUUCCUUUAAAAAGCUCUUUUUAAACGAUGUACAUUAUAUUAACACCAUUUUGCAACUGAGCUGGCUAUGAAGUCCUUACAAAACGAACGCUAAGCAUAAUUGUUGCUACUUUACUUAGAUUAGCUGCUUUUAAACCAUGCUUUAGGGCAGCUAUUCUCAAAACGCUUGGGGAGGGAAACAUCAUUCUGCAGGGGAAACUUCGGGCUCUUAUGAUUCUUCUCCAUAGCUAGUCAUUCUGAGGAAUGCUAGAUUUCACACGACUCUAAAUUAGGGAUGUAAACAUUAGUGGGACCAAGUGUCCUCGCUUUUCUUCAUUUAUUUCUCUUUCUCUCUGACUUGGGAUGAGGAAAAAUGCAAACAUUGUCCAUUUGCCCCAGACAAUAUGCUUCAUAUGCUUCAGUACAUACGUUAACAGAGCUUCGCAAAUAAGGUCCUUGAUUCCAAGACUGGAUAUUGUUUUCAUUGUGUAUUUGUUAGUUGUAUAUGUCCUGAAAAAUCCAUACUCCUGUUGAGGAAUCUACAGAGUAGGAUGGGUGUGUGUCUCUGUAUGCGUGCACGCAAGACAGUUUUCACACCUAAGGCAAUAUACUGUGAAUGAAGAGGUUCAUUGAUUGCAUUCAAUACAUUUCUUACCUACUUUUCAAGGUUGUGGUCUUUCCUGCAGUUUCUGUUGAACAAGGGCCAUUAGUUCCUAUUCUUGUGCAGGGACCACAAGAGCCCUAGAUAGCAGUAACAGAGAGUUCUACUCUCUUCCUCAAACAUAUCUGAAGGAGGCAGGUGAGGCUCAGGGCAGCUGAAUAAAGUUGCACUUCUAGCAGGUAGUUUGGCUAGCCCUAGGCAAUGAAUGGCCAACUGUUCUCAGUAUGGCAAUGGACUGAUCACACUGUUGAUCAUUCAGCCACCUGGUGCUAGGCAAGCCCUUACUGUGUUGUUCCUUAUGGGGUGUCUCAAAAGGCAUGCCCCUUCCAAUCCAUCUUAAUCACUAAUUGCUUUCUAUACAUUUCGCCAGGCAUCCCUGCCUAAACGGAGCAUUUCCAUUCCCAGAUGCGCCGUAUGUCUCCUCGACAGAGGCUGGAAAACCGGGAGGGGGGGAAGGGUUUGCAGUAUCCUUUGAUAACCUACUUACUUGUGAUCCUCCAAGAUAAGCCAUUUAGCCAGCCAUUGUCAGAAAAACAAAGCGUGUAGACCGAAUAGACUCUAGUAGUCUAAUCCACCAGAUCAAUUUUCCUGCUUUAAUGCAGCAUGUUUUAAGAAGGUCUGCUAGGAGAAGAACCAUUACUUUGGAAAAUGUUCUCCCCAAAUGCUCACAUUCCCUGCUAAUGGCCUAGCAGCUUAACCCUCAUUUCUUCAUAGUUGCCCGCCUGCUCUCACAAAGCGAGUGGCUUCAUGACUAAAAAUUAUGUGUAUUAACUUUAAAUGUUGUGUAUAUCUGUACCAGAAACCAUCAGUGUUACUAUGUAGAAAUUAGAUUGUCCUUCAUGUACAUUUGUAUAUUACUUAUUCGAUGCUGUGCAAUCACUCUGAAUUUCUUUUCCUUGCACUGAUGAAAAUGCCUCUUGUAUAAUAAAUAAACUUCUUCCUGUGGUGAAUGUAUGUAAAUAAAAUUAAAUAAAAACAUUUAAAAUGUCAGUUAUACAAGCAGUGGCCUGAAAAAGGGGAUAUCUGUCACAGCUGAAUGGAGAAAUCAAGUUGCUAUGACAUCUGAAAAGUUCCAGGGAUGCAAUGGCAGAGAAAGUUUUUCCUUGUAAUAGCUAAGUUGAUUUUCUGUAGCUUUUUAUUUUCAUUGUUUCCAAGUGAAGAGCCUAAAACUUACAAUGUCUGUAAAUCCAACAUUAUAACCUCCUCCUUAAAGUACACUGUGUUGUUAGAUGUUUGUUUGAGCUGGUAGCACCCCUUGCAACUGCUGCGAUACGUUUCUGUUGGUGGUUUGUAAAUUACUUUGUACAUGAGUACUGGUAAGAUUGUCAUGAAAAGUAGCUUCUGCCAUUAAACUACCUAUAGCGGAAUAGUAUAUAAUG